ACGAUCACAAUCUCCUCUGCUCCUUCACAAGUUAAAGGCCAAAAAUGCUUUUAACCUUUUUUCUAUAUAACUCGUAUCUAGAUCACUCAGCUUCGUCAUUACCAAGAGAAACGGUGUGUUCUUAUCCUCUUCAAGGCUACCCUCCGGACCGAACCAACUCUCAUCACUUUGAUCUACCUCCACAGUUAAAAAUAGAAACUUUGCAAGUUUUAAGCUUUUGAUGAUGGAACAAGUUGUGUAAAAAGAGACAAGAACUGAAGUAGAUAAAUGGAUAAACAGGCGAGAGAAGAAACUACAUGGGUUCCUCAGACACCCAUCAAGCCAAUUGCUCCGAUCUACCCAGAUAAGAUUCAGACAGAGGAAAGGAGAUUCGCUGGGAACAAAGACAAGAGCGGUCUUGACCAUUUGUCUUUUGGAGAUUUGCUGGCUCUAGCCAACAAUGCUUCCUCAGUGUUUUUAUCUCGUCAGAGUGGGAUUGAUAAAGAAAGUGUCAUCAAGACUCCUGAGAAGCCCAAGAGGAAGAAGCAUAGGCCAAAGGUUGUUAGAGAAGCGAAACCAAAGAGAGAUAUUAAACCGAAAACUCCGAAGAAGCCUGCUGCUGCUGUUGAGGGUGAAGAAAGCAAAACACCCAAGAGGAAGUAUGUGAGGAAGAAAAAAGAAGCUAAUGAGGAUCAAGAAGAAUACACGCCGGUUGAAGAAUCAUCAGGAGCAGCAGCAGAAGAUGGAGAAGCUUCAGAUCAUGAUGGCAAGAAGCCUUGUAGAAGAGCCUUGGAGUUUGACGAUCAGAGUCUCAAACCUCAAAACGGAGAAGCACAGCACAGAGAUGAGACAAAGCAGGAUCAAGACUUGCAAGAGAGUCACAUGGCAGCAGUGCCAAGCACGCCUAAGAGAAAGCGCAGCAGCCAAAGUAGAAGAAUGGGAAAGGAAAUGAAGAAUAAUGAGGCACAAGCCACAAAGAGGAGACAAGGCAAAGAACCAACUAGAAGUAACAUAUAUUUUUCAGGGCAACAAUACGAGCAGGUGUUUGCGGACAAUGAAGCACAAUGGUUGUUUUCUACAGAAUGGCUUCAGAAAGGGAUGAGAUCUCGUUCCACAACUGGACAACAACUUGUUACACAAGAGAAUGUUGCUGCCUUUGACUCAGACUGUAGAGUCCUAACCUUUCAGGGUAGGCAGAGUUUUGAGUCUAAUGCUCACUUGGAUAAGAUAGAAACUCCAACAAAGAAGAGAACUACAGGCCACGCUCGGUUCCGGGGUAUGUCUUCCACAAAUAAAGCUUCUGAGCAGUCACAAGCAGGAUGGUAUAGCAGACAGACGCAAGUGGCAUCAAGCAGAAAGAAACGAACCACUAAGUCUCAGACCAAACAGCUCACUCUUCUCCCUAAUCAUUGCCAGUUUCCACCUUCAUUUGCUGCAGGACUAGCUCCAGAAGCUAUUUGGCAGCAACGCCACUCUAUUGAAGCAAUCAGCGAGCUAAUGCGUCUACUAGACAUCAACAGAGAGUACUCAGAAACUGCUCUUGUUCCUUACGGAAUGAACAGCAGUUACAGCGUAGGAAACCAGAUUGUGAUCUUCAACGGUGGCGCUGGAGCUAUAGUGCCUUCGACUCGCGUUAAGAAGCCGCGGCGCGAACGUGCAAAGGUUCAUAUAGAUAAUGAGACGGAUAGAGUCUGGAAGCUUUUGAUGGAGAGUAUCGAUAGCGAAGGUGUUGACGGAUCAGACGAGAAGAAGGCCAAAUGGUGGGAGGAAGAACGUAAUGUCUUUAGAGGAAGAGCUGACUCAUUCAUAGCACGAAUGCAUCUUGUUCAAGGUGAUAGACGUUUUACACCAUGGAAAGGAUCAGUUGUUGAUUCUGUGGUUGGAGUGUUUCUCACUCAAAACGUUUCUGAUCAUCUCUCAAGCUCUGCGUUUAUGUCACUAGCUGCGGAGUAUCCAGUACCUUUUGUACCCAGCAGUGACUUUGAAGUAGGAGAAAGCUCCAUGCCUUCUAUCAGGAUUACCUACUUGGACUCGGAUGAACCGAUCUCAAACCCACCAGUUCCCAGUGAGACUUCUGCUGCUUUAGACAACACACAGCCUGAUGAGGAGAAGGAGUAUGUAAACAGCAAGGACACCUCAAGGAGCAGUAGUGAGAUCGCCAGCUCAGGGAAUGAGUCAACUGUCAAAACUACAGAUUCAAAGGCGCAGGUGGAUUCAGACAGAACUGGCUCAAGCGUGGAAGUUAGCAAGACAGUUCUUAUUGUCCAAGAGCUGUUUCCAUCUGAAGAUUCCGUACUCACAUGUCAGAACUCGUUGGUUUCUGAAACUCCUAAGAUGACAGAGAGAGCAGGAUCAAGCUCUGAGAUCAACUCAGAAGCAGAGAAUUGUACACACUUUGUGAAGCUCCUAGAGUCUCAGGGGUCUGCUCAGCUUCAAGAGAAAGAAAGUGACGUCAUCACAGCUGAUACUGUCUUAGUAGAAGAGGCCAGUCAAAAGACUCAGUGUUCAAGCAGUCCUGGAAGUUUACAAAUAUCCCCAAACACGUCUCCUGGUGAUUGUAGCUCAGAGGUUAAGGACUUCAAGUCAUUGAAAGGGAAAGGAAAGUAUUCUGAUGAUGAACCAUGUUGUUUCUUUGGGGAUGUCUUGAGUGUUCAGAAACCAGAGAUACCUGAAAGCUCCAGCAGCGUUCCUUCAACAAAGCUCGUGAUAGAAACUUCAAUUCCAGAUAUUAACGAAAGCACAAACUGUCUUGAUGUCCAAGAAGGCACAGAAAAACAACAACCAGGACCUGACUCAUCAUCCAAAAAGAUCAGUCCUAUGGAUAAGGCUACUUUCAAUGCGGAUGGGAAAAAGAUUUUGAAGGAGGUAGACGAGGAGUUUGAUUGGGACAGUUUAAGAAGAGAAGCGGAAGGCAGAGAAGGCAAAAGAGAGAAAACAGCAAGGUCAUUGGACUCUGUUGACUGGGAAGCCAUUAGAACAGCUGAUGUUAAUGAAGUUGCUGAAACCAUUAAGAGCCGUGGGAUGAACCAUAAACUUGCUGAACGUAUACAGGGCUUCCUUAACCGACUGCUAACAGACCAUGGGAGUCUUGAUCUCGAAUGGUUGAGAGAUGUUCCACCUGACAAAGCAAAAGAGUAUCUUCUGAGCUUCAAUGGACUAGGCCUAAAAAGUGUGGAGUGUGUUAGGCUUCUCACGCUGCACCAUCUUGCCUUUCCAGUUGAUACCAAUGUUGGACGCAUAGCGGUUAGACUCGGAUGGGUACCCCUUCAACCACUUCCAGAGUCCCUUCAACUUCAUCUUCUAGAAAUGUAUCCUGUGCUUGAGUCUAUACAGAAAUAUCUGUGGCCAAGAUUAUGCAAAUUCGACCAAAAAACAUUGUAUGAAUUGCAUUACCAAAUGAUUACUUUUGGAAAGGUGUUCUGCACGAAGAGCAAACCCAACUGCAAUGCUUGUCCUAUGAGAGGGGAAUGUAGACACUUUGCUAGUGCCUUUGCAAGUGCGAGGUUUGCAUUACCUGGUCCAGAGAAAGGAAUGGAGAGACCUGAUGUUCCUCUACAGAGCCUACCAGAGCCAUUGCGGAGACAGCAAGGGUUAGAAGUAGUCAACCACUCAGAAGCAGCAAAUAGAGUCACAAGCUGUGAACCGAUAAUUGAAGUGCCAGCAUCACCAGAGCCAGAGUGCGCAGAAGUUUCAAUGGCUGAUAUAGAGGACGCUUUCUUUGAGGAUCCUGAAGAGAUUCCAACAAUAAGGCUGAACAUGGAUGCAUUCACAAACAACCUGAAGAAAAUUUUUGAGCACAGCAAGGAACUGCAAGAUGGAAACAUGUCUGGGGCUCUGGUUGCACUUACCGCUGAGGCUGCGUCUCUUCCAAUGCCUAAGCUCAAGAACAUUAGCCAGCUGAGGACUGAACACCAAGUCUAUGAACUUAAAGACGACCAUCCUCUUCUAGCUCAGUUUGAGAAGCGAGAAACUGAUGAUCCAUGUUCGUACUUGCUUGCUAUAUGGACACCAGGUGAGACGGUUGAUUCCAUUCAACCAACUAGAAGCAAAUGCAUUUGGCAAGAAGCAGGCAAAAUGUGUAAUGAGAAAACUUGUUUCUCGUGCAACAACAUAAGGGAGACGCAAUCACAAACCGUUAGAGGAACCAUCUUGGUACCUUGUAGAACAGCGAUGAGAGGUAGCUUCCCACUCAACGGUACAUACUUCCAAGUCAACGAGGUGUUUGCGGAUCACGAGUCUAGUCUAACGCCAAUUGAUGUUCCAAGAGACUGGUUAUGGGACCUAGCUAGAAGAACUGUCUACUUUGGCACAUCUAUCCCAUCAAUCUUUAAAGGUUUAUCUACUGAAACAAUUCAACAAUGUUUCUGGAGAGGGUAUGUAUGUGUGAGAGGAUUUGAUAGGCAGACAAGAGCACCAAGGCCUUUGAUCGCGAGGUUGCACUUCCCUAAAAGCAAAAUGAAGUCACAGGUUAAUCCGGAUGAUGCAUAGGUAAGGAAACAAACUCGGCCUACCACCCAACAACAAGCCAAUGUAAUAUAUUAGAGUUGUAACAGGUCUUUGAACUCCCAUGUUAGUGUGUCUUUGUUUGUAAUCAUAUACGAAGUCACAAGAACCAAACCAAGUAGAUGCCAACUUUAACUUGUUUCGUUUCCAUAUACCAAUGUGUUUAGCUUUUGAUUA